CGUCAUUACAAACGUCAUUCCAUACUCUGCCUUCCUUAUUUAAAGAGUCCCAUGCAGAUGCAGAUGCAGAUUCAGUUCGAAACACAAGUCAGAUUUGAUCAUCCUCUGCAUAGACCCAACCGAAGUAUCUCCACUUCAUCUUCUUCCCCUACAAUGACACAACCCCAUUUCAUUGUGAUAACCUAUCCGGCACAAGGCCACAUCAACCCUUCUCUCCAACUGGCUAAGCGCCUCAUACGGGCUGGUGCCCAUGUCACCUUCGUCACUAGCACCUAUGCCAGUGAGCGCAUGGCCAAAACCCCCACCAUGGAUGGUUUAAAAUUUGUCACAUUCCCGGAUGGCUGCGACAGUGGCCUCAAGCAAAGCGAUGCCCUCCAAGGCUUCAUGUCUGAGCUUGAGCGUCUUGGCUCCCAAGCUCUUACCGACCUCCUCAUAGCCAGCGCUAAUGAAGGUCGUCCCGUUACUUGCAUAAUCUACGGCAUCCUGAUUCCUUGGGUAGCAGAGGUGGCGCGUAGUCUUCACAUCCCCUCCGCACUUUUUUGGAGUCAACCUGUCUCUGUUUUUAAUAUCUAUUAUUAUUAUUUUUGUGGCUAUGGAGAGCUCAUUCGCAAGAAAGUCAGUGACUCCUCGCCUUCCAUUGAAUUACCAGGACUGCCCUUGCUCAGUAGCCGUGACAUUCCCUGUUUCCUACUCCCCUCAAAUGCAAAUGAAUACAACUUCGUCCUUUCAGCGUUUGAGAAGCACCUAGAGAUGCUCCACCGUGAUACCAACCCAACGGUACUGAUAAACACUUUCGAUGCAUUGGAACCAGAGGCCCUAAGGGCCGUCAGUAAGUUUAAGUCGAUUGGAGUUGGACCCUUGUUUCCAACCGCUUUCUUGGGUGGAAAAGAUCCAUCCGAUACUUCAUUUGGAGGUGAUCUUUUCCGUCGUUCAAAGGAUUAUAUUGAAUGGCUGAACUCAAAGCCUGAAUCUUCUGUCAUUUAUGUGUCAUUUGGAAGCCUUGCGGUGUUAUCGAAGCAACAGUCUGAGGAGAUUGCUCGUGGAUUGCUGGACAGUGGCCGGCCUUUCCUGUGGGUCAUAAGAGCCAAGGAGAAGGGAGAAGAGGAGAAAGAAGAAGAUAAACUAAGCUGCUACGCAGAAUUAGAACAACAAGGGAUGAUAGUACCAUGGUGUUCUCAGGUUGAGGUUCUCUCAAGUCCAUCACUGGGUUGUUUCGUGACUCAUUGUGGGUGGAAUUCAACCUUGGAGAGCUUGGCUUCUGGGGUGCCAGUUGUGGCAUUUCCUCAGUGGACCGACCAAUCCACGAAUGCAAAGCUAGCCGAAGACGUGUGGAAAACGGCUGUACGCGUGACCGUGAACCAAGAAGGAAUAGUUGAAAGCGAUGAGAUUAAGAGGUGCUUGGAAUUGGUCAUGGGAGAUGGAGAGGAGGCGAAAGAAAUGAGAAGGAAUGCAAAGAAAUGGAAGGGUUUGGCAAGGGAGGCUGUGAUGGAAGGUGGAUCAUCUGACAAGAACCUUAAGAAUUUUAUAGAUGAGGUCAUACAAGGUUACUAGCUAGAUAUUGUGGUUGUAUCUCUUGGAGUUUAUGUUAAGACUCCCCGAUUAAUUUAAAUAUUUUACAAGAAGAUUUUUAUUAUUUAUGAUGUUAAUACAAGUAGUAGUAUUAAUUAAUGGUA